UUUCUUUGCUUACAAUUAAUAACUUACAAUCUUUUAUUCCAAAAAUUUGCGUUAAACUUUCUUAUAUUAUGUGUCCGCGGGUUACGAAUUCAAGCCAUAGAAAUAGUCUCUUGCACAAAUAUAAGAUAAGAUUGCGUGUAUUAGAUCUUUGCGCUUGAGAGCUCCAUUACACCAGAUUGCCUUCUUUUUUUGUAAAAAAAUAUUAUUAUAUCUAGCUUACUGUGCAAAUAUAUACUGAAAAGUUAGCAAUCUCUGGUUACUUUCAAACAUCAAUGUUGGUCAAUUUCUUACCACCUGUUUUGCAUUUUCUGACCACAACAAUAACUAUACAAAUAUUCUUGUUAUAUACAUUGUCCACAAUUCCCCCAUGACUAACUUGCUUUAUACUCCUUACAACAUUUCAGCUUUGGCCUUAUAGCUUCCUUUAUCUUUUUCACUGCUAGCUGCUUUUACAGUACAUAAAUAUAUUCCCCUACCACAUUUACAAAUCAUAUAACAAGCUCUACCCAUUGUUUUCAUAUUCUUUUUUCACCUUAUGUUAAUUUUCAAAUCAAUGUUAUGAUGAGUAUUUUAGCAAGAGCUCCAAAGAAUUCUUGGCAGCCAGUAAUGACUGCUGAUACAACAAUUUCUAGUUACUGGCUUAAUUGGAGGUUUUUGUUAUGCUGCAUUUGGGUUUUGGCUUCUAUGGUGUUUGCAGCAGUGCUAAUAAUUAAGUAUGAAGGACCUCGAAUUCGAAAAAAUGGAAGUAAUGAAAAUAAAAAAGAGUCCCCUGGGUUAUUGUAUCAAGAUGAAGUAUGGAGACCAUGUCUUAAAACUAUACAUCCUGCUUGGCUUCUUGCAUUCAGAGUAUUUGCCUUCAUGAUUCUUCUGUUGUUGCUAAUAUUAAACGUUACUGUCGAUGGUGGUGAAAUCUUUUACUAUUACACACAGUGGACAUUUACUCUGAUUACUAUUUAUUUCGCGAUUGGAUCUGUUCUAUCAAUGUAUGGAUGUUACAAGUGUCACAAUAAAGUUGGUAUUGAUGGAACUGAUGUUGAGAGGUUAGAUAUUGAGUAUGGUUCACAAAGUUCAGUUGCUGCAAAACAUAUAGGGGAAAAUGUAGAACAAACUUCUCGUCAAAUUGCUGAGUUUUGGGAAUAUUUUUUCCAAAUAAUCUUCCAGAUGAAUGCAGGGGCUGUAACGCUUACGGAUUGUGUCUUCUGGUUCAUACUUGUUCCAUAUUUGACCAUUAAAGGCUACAAGUUAAAUUUUUGGAUUAUAAAUAUGCAUUCAGUCAAUGUUGUAUUUCUACUUGGUGAUACUGCUAUGAAUUGCUUGCGAUUUCCUUGGUUUCGAAUUGGAUACUUCUUUAUGUGGACAGGAAUUUAUGUUAUUUUCCAAUGGGCUGUUCAUGCCUGCAUCUCAAUCUGGUGGCCCUAUCCAUUCCUUGAUCUAUCAUCUGCAUUUUCACCUUUGUGGUACUUGCUGGUGGCAUUUAUGCACAUACCGUGCUAUGGCAUUUUCGUUUUGGUCAUAAAGCUAAAACACCAUUUGUUCUCGAAGUGGUUUCCUCAGUCUUAUCGGUGUGCAAGAUGACACCUCAAUUCUAACCAAGUUGGGAUCGGCUGUAUGAAUCUUGACAUUCUUAGGCCAAAUAAGAAAUUUUCAGGUUUCAAGACGGCUAUAUAAGGGAAAUAUAUUUCUACUUGUGACAUAAUCUCGUGUUUUGAACACCAAACUUGGAUCGCUGGUCCUUUUUCUGGAAGUAACGAUGAGGUAGAAAAAACAAAAUUUUUACGUAGCAAAGUAGCUGUGAAAAUAUAGGGAUUUGAACUUUUGGUUUGCUAGAUGUACAUCUUGGGUAACUAUGGUGAAAGAGAUUUGUUUAUUCAUAUAACUUAUUGUUGAGCUCUUACUUGCAAUAUGUACAUAUGAUGGAAAAUGCAGUAUUCUAUAUGCAUUAUAAAGAAGUAUAAGCAUUUAUUUUCCCUA